AAGAAUGAGACGUCAACUGUCAUAAGUGAUAACAUUGCAUUGAUAAAAUCAGAAAAUUUUAUGGAUUAGUGUUCAUUGUUCAUCAAUUUCAUUUAGUAAACUUACGCAUAUAGUUUCAUAUACAUGUGUUUGUAAACGUAAACUAUAAAUUUUUAUCAUGAAAGAUUUCAUAUCGUUACUCAUCACUAUCUGUGCUUUCGGUUAUGGCCUCGGUGCGGUCAAUCCUAGCGACGAAGAUGUAGGAAACGGCAGAUAUGUGAUCGAAGGCAAGGUGUUCCCACCCGACGAGCUCGAGCAUACUGUCUGGCAGGUGGACACACGCGUACACGUCAAUGGUGGAGAGUACAUCGGCUUCAUACGGGAUGAUGGUGUGUUCGUCAUCCAUAAUGUGCCCUCAGGGUCCUACGUGGUUGAAAUCAUCCACCCAGACUACAUGUACGAGCCAGUGCGGGUUGAAAUCAACUCCAAAGGGAAAUACCGCGCGAGGAAAGUGAACUACAUACAAACGUCGCAGGUCAUACAAGUACCGUAUCCAUUGCGAAUGAAACCUCUGUCGCGAUUCAGGUAUUUCCAAGUAAGAGAACAAUGGCGUCUCACAGAUUUCCUGUUUAACCCAAUGGUGAUCAUGAUGGUGUUACCGCUUCUCCUAAUUAUGGUGUUGCCAAAAAUGAUGAAUGAUCAGACCAAAGAGGAUUUGAAGCAGAUAAGCAACCUCACCAAGAUGACUGAGAUGCCUGAAAUGUCAGAGAUGUUUACAAACUUGUUCAGCGGAGGAGCUCCUGCCAAGCCUGCAAGUUCUAAAGCAAAACAACUCAAAAAGAGGCAGUAGAUUAAUUCUACAAUAUAAGUAUUUAUAAAUUAUUAUAUAUAGAUUGUAAUAUAUUAAUAAAAAUAAAACAAUUAAAGUAUUGA